AUGCCGUUCGGAGGCAACGACUGGCUGGCACUGACUCAGGAAGAGACUCUUGAACCCGAUAUUCCCAUAAUUGAUCCCCACCACCACUUCUGGGACAAGCGAUCGGAACGGAUUCCCUACCAGCGCUACCUGCUCCACGAACUGGCCGACGAUCUUAACGCUGGCCAUGACGUUCGCUCCACCGUUUUUAUCGAGGCGCGGGCCAUGUACCGGGCCGGCGGGCCGGUGGAAAUGCGGUCCGUGGGCGAGGUAGAAUUCGUACAGGGACAGGGCGCGGCCAGCGCCACCGGCCUUUACGGCCCCGCCCGGGCCGCCGCUGCCAUCAUCGGCCACGCCAACCUGAACCUGGGCGCCGAGGUAGAGGGUGUGCUGGACGCCCUGCACGAGGCCAGCCCCUACCAUUUCAGGGGAAUCCGCCACUCCGUAACCUGGGAUCCCCAUCCCGAGGUUGAUAACACGGCGGCCCACAACAUGCCGGGCCAACUGGCCAGCGACAAGUUCCGAGAGGGAGCUAAGGUGCUGGCCAGCAAAGGGUUGACCCUGGAGGGCUGGCUUUACUUCCCCCAGUUGCCCGAACUCGCCGACUUCGCCAAGGCCGUACCCGACCUGACCAUCAUCCUCAACCACAUCGGUGGGCUGCUGAGGGUGGGCCCCUACGCCAACGGCGGCGAGGAACUGAUGGACACUUGGCGCAAGGGCAUCGCUGCCGUAGCUGCAUGCCCCAACGUGGUCUGCAAGCUGGGCGGCAUCGGCAUGCCCCGCACCGGCUUCGACUGGCACACCCGCACCACACCCAUCGGUUCCGAGGAACUGGCCAGCGACAUGGCGCCUAUCAUCAAUUACUGCAUUGAGCAGUUUGGGCCCAGCCGCUGCAUGUUCGAGAGCAACUUCCCGGUGGACAAGGUCUCCUACUCCCACCACGUCCUGUACAACGCCUUCAAGCGCCUGUCCGCCGACUACUCCGAAACCGAACGCGCCGACAUGUUCCACGACACGGCGGCGAGGAUAUACCACAUCGGGUAG